AUGAUUGGGAAACUGAAGCAGAACCUACUCUUGGCAUGUCUGGUGAUUAGUUCUGUGACUGUGUUCUACUUGGGCUAGCACGCCAUGGAAUGUCACCACCGAAUCGAGGAACGCAGCCAGCCGGCUAGGUUGGAGAGCGCAGGGCCCACCGUGCGAACUGCCCUGGACAUCAAAGCCAAUAAAACCUUGGCCUACCACAAAGAUAUGCCUUUGAUAUUCAUCGGAGGUGUGCCUCGAAGUGGAACGACCCUCAUGAGAGCCAUGCUGGAUGCGCACCCUGACAUUCGCUGCGGAGAGGAGACCAGAGUCAUUCCCCGGAUCCUGGCCCUGAAGCAGAUGUGGUCGAGGUCGAGUAAGGAGAAGAUCCGCUUGGACGAGGCCGGUGUCACUGACGAAGUGCUGGACUCUGCCAUGCAGGCCUUCUUACUGGAGAUCAUUGUAAAGCAUGGGGAGCCAGCCCCUUAUUUAUGUAACAAAGAUCCUUUUGCCCUGAAAUCCUUAACUUACCUUGCCAGAUUAUUCCCCAAUGCCAAAUUUCUCCUGAUGGUUCGAGAUGGCCGGGCAUCAGUGCACUCAAUGAUAUCUCGAAAAGUUACUAUCGCUGGGUUCGACCUGAACAGCUAUCGGGACUGUUUGACCAAGUGGAACCGUGCUAUAGAGACCAUGUACAAUCAGUGUACAGAGGUUGGUUAUAAAAAAUGCAUGCUAGUUCACUAUGAACAACUCGUCUUACAUCCUGAGCGGUGGAUGAGAACACUCUUAAAGUUCCUUCAUAUUCCAUGGAACCAUUCAGUAUUGCACCAUGAAGAGCUGAUUGGGAAGGCCGGGGGAGUAUCGCUGUCCAAAGUGGAAAGAUCGACAGACCAAGUCAUCAAGCCAGUCAAUGUGGGAGCGCUGUCCAAAUGGGUCGGGAAGAUCCCUCCAGACGUCCUGCAAGACAUGGCUGUGAUUGCACCCAUGCUUGCCAAACUUGGCUACGACCCGUAUGCCAACCCACCGAACUACGGAAAACCCGAUCCCAAGAUCCUGGAAAACACGAGAAGGGUAAGCAUCACCCCGCGCGCACCCGAACCCGGGAUCUCGCCGCGCACACCUCGUCUCGAGCGCACCACCUCCCUCUUAGAGGGACCAGCGUCCGAGGGAGGAGAGGACCAAUCAGAGAAGAGUUUGACGCAGGCCCAACGCUUCUUCUCGGGGAUUGGGCAACCUACUGCCUAUCAGGGGCGGGGCUCGCGGGGCUCGACCAAUGGGGGAGGCGGUCGGGUGAGGCCCGUGGCCGCGGUGGUCUCGAUCCGGUCCGCAAGGGGAGCGCCGCCCUACGGCCCGCCGCCGCCGCUGCGUCAUGCGGAGCGCUGCUAG